AUGAUAGCAUUCUUGAGGUAUUUCUUAAAACCAGAAUUAAAGGACAAACCUUUAGGAGUUCAGCAGAAAUCCUUGUUGGUUACCUGCAACUAUGAAGCCAGGAAACUUGGAGUUAAGAAAUUGAUGAGUAUCAGAGAUGCAAAAGAAAAAUGUCCACAGCUGGUAUUAGUUAAUGGAGAAGACUUGACUCAGUAUAGAGAGAUGUCAUACAAGGUUACAGAGCUAUUAGAAGAAUUUAGUCCAAUUGUUGAAAGACUUGAAUUUGAUGAAAACUUUGUGGAUGUAACAGAAAUGGUUGAGAAGAGACUACAGCAGCUUCAAAGUGACGACCGUUCCUUGUCAGUGUCGGGUCACGUAUACAAUGAUCAAGCUGUCAACCUGCAUGACAUCUUGCACAUCAGGCUGCUUGUGGGCUUUCAGAUUGCAGCAGAGAUGCGGGAAGCCUUAUGCAGUCGGCUUGGUCUCACCGGCUGUGCAGGGGUGGCUUCCAACAAACUGCUGACGAAAUUAGUUGGUGGCGUCUUUAAGCCAAAUCAGCAAACAGUCUUAUUACCUGAAAGUUGUCAAGAUCUCAUUAAUAGUUUGAAACACAUAAAGGAAAUGCCUGGUAUUGGCUAUAAAACUAGCAAACGGCUUGCAGCAUUGGAUAUCACUAGUGUUCACGAUCUUCAGAUGUUUUCACCCAAAAUAUUAGAAAAGGAAUUUGGAAUGGCAGUUUCUCAGCGUCUCCAGAAGCUCAGUUUUGGGAAGGAUGACUCUCCUGCGACGCUCUCAGGACCACCGCAGUCCUUUAGUGAAGAAGAUUCAUUUAAAAAGUGUUCAUCAGAUGGUGAAGUUAAAAAAAAGAUUGCAGAACUACUUGCUAGUCUUUUAAAAAGAGUAAGCCAGGAUGGAAGGAAGCCACAUACGGUAAGGCUGAUAAUCCGUCGGUUUUCAUCUGAGCAGCACUCUAGUCGGGAGAGUCGUCAGUGCGCCAUUCCUUCCCAUCUCAUUCCGAAGCUGGGGACAGGAAACUAUGAUGUGACGACCCCAAUGGUUGAUAUACUUAUGAAACUUUUUCGAAAUAUGGUGAAUGUGAAGAUGCCCUUUCACCUCACUCUUCUGAGUGUGUGCUUCUGCAAACUUAAAGCAACAACUCCUGUUAAGAAAGGACCCCUU